AUAUGCCACAACAGAAAUGAGUAACACAGCUGAUAUACAUCGUGUAGUACAAUUUUAAUUCGUCAGGUGGCGACACACGUACGUUUUUGGAACUGGUCUGUGUCCUGACAACGCACAGCACAUACUGGAAAAAUUUCGUACCUCUAUACUUUUUACAAAGUGUAAAGUCAGAAAGAACGAUGGUCCUCGGCGGUUCGUGAAGAAAAAAGUGCGUAAAAUUUCGCAAGAGCAUGAGUGUCAGGUAGUCAUCUAAUCGAUGCGUCAAUAAAGUCAGUCUAACUUUCCGCUAGUUGCGCAAGAAUCUCCAUAAAAUCAGUCCGGUUUUUCGGUCUUAGGAACGAAAACUCGCAUCAGCAAUAAAAUGUGUACUGCAGCAAAGGAAAAGCACACAAAAAGACACAGCAUGGGUCAUACUUGCAAAAAACUAGCAAUAGACAUUGCUAAAUGCAUCUUCAUCCAAAUUCAUUGGUUCAUAGACUGCAUUAUAGAGUUCAUCUUUAGUCUGUAUUAUGAUACCAAAGUUCAAAGGGUUCCACCAGUCAGUAACAAACUACUGCUUGAUAGCACUUUGGAAUUAGCUAAAAAAAUUAGAGAGAAGAAAGUAACCGCAGAAGAAGUUGUGAAAGCUUGUAUUGAAAGAUGUAAAGAAGUAAAUGGUUUAUUGAAUUCUGUUGUUGAGGAUCGAUAUGAAGAUGCCAUCAAGCAAGCUAAAGAAGUUGAUGUAAUGCUGAAAGAUGAAAAGUUAGAUAUUGAAGAACUAGAAAAAACAAAACCUUUGCUUGGGGUACCAUUUACCACGAAAGAAAGCAAUGAAGCGAAAGGAAUGCUUCAUUCAAUGGGUACUUUGAGCAGAAAAGGUCACCGUUCAGAUGAAGAUGCAACUGUUAUUGAAAAUGUUAAGAAAGCUGGAGCAAUUAUUAUUGGUAAAACCAAUAUUCCUGAAUUGAAUCAAUGGAUUGAAUCCAGAAACAAAGUUUAUGGCCAAACAAACAAUCCAUAUAAUACAACUCGUACAGUUGGUGGUAGUAGUGGAGGAGAUGCAUCAAUUGUUGCUGCAUGCGGUGUUCCAUUUGCUGUUGGCAGCGAUAUUGGUGGCUCUGUAAGAAUACCCUCUGCAUGUAAUGGAGUAUUUGGAUUGAAACCCAGUGAAGGUAUGACUUCACUAAAAGGUAUUGGUUUGAGAAAAAAGGUCUAUGAAGAUUCAAUGGCUGAAGUUGGUCCACUUUGUAAAAAAGCUGAAGAUUUAGAAUUGCUAACUAAAAUUCUGUCUGGCACAUUUUUGAAAACUUCUUUAGAUAACAGUUCUGUGAAUCUCAAGGAUUUGAAUAUUUUCUAUCAAGAAAGCUCUGGAGAUCUCAGAGCUAGUAAACUUAGUUCUGCAGCUUCUAAAGCUUUGUCAAAAGCAGUACGACAUUUUGAGCAAGUUACUGGAAAUGCAACAAAGGUAAAAUUACCUGGUUCAGAGUACAGCUAUCGUUUGUGGCGUUACUGGAUGACCCAGGAAGAUGCAGAUUUCAAGACAGAUUUAACAAAUGGCAAUGGGCGCACAAGUGCUGUAGCAGAAAUUACUAAAAUAUUGAAAGGCAAUAACGAAAUCACAUUGGCAGCUUUGUUGAAAUUAAUUGAUCACGAUAUCUUUCCACAAGAAAAAGGAGAAUGGGCUAGAGCUGUUACUAGUACAAUGAAGGAGUAUUUACUGGAGAAGUUAAAAGACAACGGCGUAUUACUGUAUCCGACGUUCAACUCUGCAAGAUAUCAUUAUGCGUCAUUUGUGAGUCCUUUCAGUUUUGGAUAUUGGGCUAUUUUUAACGUACUAAAACUACCAGUUUGCCAAGUACCUAUGGGUUUGGAUGAUAGUGGAUUACCAGUAGGAGUCCAGGUUGUUGCUGCUCCAAAUAAUGAUAAACUAUGCAUAGCAGUAGCCAAAGAGUUGGAAAGGGUCUUUGGUGGAUGGGUUCCACCAUCAUAAAUCAUCAUUCGGUCAUUAACUUAUUUUUACUUUAUUGUUAUUAACAUUUCAAGCUAAAAGCAAACGUUUUAUAAAUACAAGAGCCUAACAAACUUGAUAAUAAUUAUUUGUACAAAUCAUAGUAAAAAAGAUGAAGAGUACACCUGUAUCGUUCUAGAUGAAAAUAGGUGCUCAAAUCCCAUAAUUCAACGAAACAAUUUCGUAUAUGUAUAUGAUAGCCAAGAAUAGUUUUGAUUUUAAAAUAUUUCAAAAAUACAAAGCCUGAUUUUCGCAUAAUGAUUUUUAUAACAUUUCAAUCGUAAUUGUAUGUACAAAUUUUUGUUUAGCUAUAUCUGUAUAUAAGGUGUAUGAAACUCAGAGAACGUAAUUUAUAUGUGUUGGUAUAUGGGGAAAGUAAGAUUCUUCACUUUCUGAAUUCUAUGUAUACGAUACAUAAAUAAUAAAUUUUUUAUACUCUCAAUGUUUCCCUGUAAUAAAUAUUCUGUUUUAUUUAAAACUUAAA